CCUUCCCCCCCUUUUCCCCUUUUCUCCAAGUUUCUAAACUCAUCUUUCUCACCAAACCCCAACGGCCCUCGCUCUCUCUUCUUCUUCUCUCACUCGCUGAGAUUAAAGAUGCAUUGGUUGCUUUGAAAACCCAGAACCCAAUUCAAAGAAAGAUCCAAUCUUUGAGAGAGAAGCAGAGAGUUCUGUGAUGGGUUGCUUUCUUGCUUGUUUUGGUUCUUUCAAAGAUAAGAACCGCCGGAACCAACAACAGAGGUACAGGGUUCAGCACCGAGAGCAAAGACAUACGAGUUUUGAGCCUGUUCAAUCUGCUGUGCCGGUUUGGGAGAAGCCAGUUAGCCCUGAAUUGAAAGAUAUUAAACCCAUUAACUCAGAAUUGAAAGAUGAAAGACCCAUCAGUCCAGAAUUGGAAGGUGAAAAACCCAUCAGUCUGGAGUUGAAGGAUGAGAAACCCAGCAGCCCAGAAUCGGAAGAUGUUAGGGAUAAGCCAGUGGAACAACUGAGCUUAAUUACUAGAAAGAAAGUGACAUUUGAUUCUAAUGUUCAAACCUAUGAGCAUGUUGCAAUUAACGAAUCCACGGAUGGUUUAUGCAAUUGUAAAGAGUGUCAGAAGGAGGGGAAAACCUUGAAAGAAUCAAGCCAAUCCAAGACAUCCGAAGAUGGUUCAGUCACUUCUAGCUCAGGGUCGUAUCCUCCUAAUCAUCGGUACCAGAAUUGCAGGGACAGUGACGAUGAAGAUGAACCAUUAGACUAUGACGAGGACAGCAAUCUCGAUGAUGAUGAUGAUCUUGAGGACGACAUGGAUGAUGAUGGGGAACUAGAGUAUGAAGGUGAAAUUGUAGACUCAAAGAAAGGAACACAAGUGCUGACUGAGGAUGCUAAUACUCCAAUGCCAGAAAAAACAACUGGGCUGAACUACAGUGCUCGUGAUAGGAGUGGUUAUGUUCAUGCUGUGCUUAAUCCAGUUGAAAAUCUCACACAAUGGAAAGCUGUUAAAGCCAAAAAGAGAACAGUAACGAAGCCUCAGAAGGAGAAUUUCACCCUGGAUGAGGAACCCCGAAUGUCAUUCAGUUCAGAGCCAUGUAUUAAAGAAGUAUCGUCGACUUUUAAAUCAUGUAAGAGGCAAUCUGGUCAGGCCAGGAAUUCCAACCAAGAGAUGGCAGUUGAUGCUAGCCUGUCUAAUUGGUUGGGUUCAUCAGAAAGUAUACCUGCUAACAAGACUAGCACAAUAUCUCUGGAUGCUUCUACACCUGAGAAAAGCAUGUCCUACGGAUCACCACACUCAGCAACAAGCCUCGAAGAUAGACCAAUUUUAGGUGCAUUAACAGUUGAAGAGCUGAGACAGUUUUCAGCUUCAUCUUCACCGUCACCUCGGAAGUCACCCAGUAGAAGCCCUGAUGAGAUGGCCAUAAUUGGGACUGUUGGGAGCUACUGGAAUGAUCACACUGGUCGUGCCAAAGGUUCUGGCGCCUCCUCUUACAAAGGAAUACCAAACACGACUAGCAAGUACAGAGAGGAUAGAAGAGUCAACUGGCACUCUACCCCAUUUGAGACUCGGUUGGAAAGAGCUUUGAACAGAGGUGCUGCAGAUGCUUACUCUUCUUCGCGUACGCCUCAUGGUUUGUGAGAUGUGAAUGUUGUUGUCUAAUCAUUGUGUUCAACUGUUCAUUGUGUCCAUUUUUUAAAUUUUUUUGUUUACUAGACCUUGCUAUGAGUUGCUUGUGAGAUAGUUGCUUGGCUAUUGUAAUAUUUAUAUGAAAUAUAGUCUGCUUGUAUCA